GCUUCUUGAUAAUCUGGUCUCGCGCCAACACUCGCGAGAUGCUGCUGCAGUCGAUGAUCGUGCAGAACUGCUCUCGCAUCGUCACACGGUCGGGCACCACUCUCUAUUUGAUGCUGAUGCAUGGCGUGAGCGUGAUCGAGAAGGGCGACACGCCGACGGAAUCGUCGAAACUCGUCGACGUCAUGCUGGAGUACGAGGUGUUCGCGAUGGAGGGCACGAGGGUGGCGCUCGGGCCGGUCCUGAUGGCGCUGCGCGAGAUGGGUGGCCCCGGCAGCACGGUCCCGCCGCACAGUUUCGUCCUCCUGUCCUGCCAACUGGCUGUCAAGGCGGGACUGAUCGACUUCAACUCGGAUACCGGCGUGCUGCUCCCGGCGUGCGUUCAGGGCAAGCUAUUCUUUUCGCGUUUGCUCGCUGCGUCCAAGCUGCCGUCGGUGCCGAGCUACUUUGAGUACACUUACGCCCCCGGCUUCACCCACCUGAUCGAACAGUGCAACGCCGAGUUCCACACCGAGUUCAUCUGCUUCCUGCGGCGUGCGACAGACAAGCUCGAGUCAACUGGUGAGAAGCUCGCGGUGAGCAUCUCCUUCAUCGACCCAUCAAACGGCAACGAGACCGAGCAGUACGACAUCGACGACGCCGUCGAAGUCUGCCUGCAAUCGGGAGUCACGUACACCGACUCCAACCGCGACUCCAAGCUCUUCACGGCGCUACAGGCAAGCGCCACCAUGGUGCUCGGCGAGUGCAACUUGGAGGACGUGUUUUCUCACUCGUCUUUCAGGGGAUGCUUCAACGAGCACUACCACCAUUCUGUGCUGAAGCACCCGUGGACCAUCCUAAUCGGCUGUGACUACGUGCUCUACUACACGUGGAACGGCACCCGCAUCGUGAUCGACAAGAGGGCGAUCAUGAUGCGCCUCCUCGGCAACGCACAGCCCUGCCAGGGCUACAAUAGCGAGGAGGAGGAGGAGGACGACGAGGGGUGAAACACUUGGGCGCGCCCAGCUGCCAGCCCCGCUCAGCUGUCACGCUCGUUCAACCCCAAUCGCCGCUGUGUAGACUUUCGCCAUCUCGCGGGAGAGAUCUGACAGCCCUCCGCGACUCCCACCCCCCUCUCAGGAUGCCCUCGAGCGUCUCGAUUGCGCGGCGAGUCGCUCUCGCGCGUCGAGACGCUCUCUUCGCCGUCCACUGCCGCGCGCGCCGCAGCUCCGGCUGCAGCAGGCCCGCCCAGACCGCACUGGCGACGGCGGAGCCGGCUAGCGGCGGCACUCCGCGCGUACGAUGCAUGUGCAUGUACGGACACUCUUGGUGGGCAUCUUCUCCCUCUCUCGUCCAGCGGCGGGCGCCGCGUACUGGGAAGACUCUUUUUUUACUGUUUUGGAUUC